AUGGUUCUAGUUUUUCAAAAUGUCAAUCUCAAUUCGUUAGAAGACAUUCAGAAACUUUCUGUAAAGAGUCUUAGAGAUGUUUUACGUUCCUACAAAGAAAAUACGGGCGGCAUAAAGGCCGAUCUCGUCCUAAAAGUCUACGCGAUUCUUAUGUCACACGUGCUAGAUGGCGGGCCAAGCUCAACACAAGUUCAAGGUCAAACUGGUAAAGAUACUGCAACUUUCAACAUUGCGUUCUCAAGCGACGGAGAUAUUUUGCGGGCUGCAUGUUCUUGUCCUGCAGGACUCGGCAUCUCGAAUGGAAAAGGACAGUGUAAUCACACUGGUGGCGUUCUCUUUGCAAUGGAAGCACUCAAAGAUGCCCCUGAAGCUACAGGCUAUGGGGGUAGUAGUACUGAACCUAAUGAGGCUGGGAGUGAUUUGCAACCAACUGCAUUCAAUGACAGUUAUGAUAUUGCAACUGAUAAAUUCAAAGAUAUGAUUGACAUUCAUGUAUCAAAUCUGAAGAUUUCAAAGGAUGAGGCAAAUGAUAUAGAAAUCAAAACUAGAGGUCAAAAUGGAAAUAUUUUGUGGAAAGAAAAAAGAAAACAACUUCUCACUGCAUCUAACUUUGGUAAAGCAGCUAAAACCAAAGUUGAACCAAGUAAAAAACUUGAGUCUAUGCUAUACACAGAAUUUGUAACUGAGUCUGUGCUUUAUGGAAGAGAAAAUGAAGCAAAUGCUGCAAAAUUAUACAAAUCAAAGUUAGAGGAUGAGGGACAUGUGUUAACAGUUGAGGAGCCAGGACUAAUGAUUUCACAUCAAAAGCCACAGAAUAUCCACGAAACAUCUAAAGGGAAGGGUUUCUUCAUACAGGAAAUAGAACAAUCCAGGUUCAAAUUAAAACAAAAUCAUGAUUAUUACAUGCAAGUUCAGGGACAGCUUUUUGUAUCUGAAUUACCAUUCAUUGACUUUGUAGUUUUCUUUGGAAAUGACAAACCUUUGUACAUUGAAAGAAUUUUAUUUAAUAGCAAACAGUGGUGGGGUAACAUUUUCCCAAAAUUAGAACAUUUCUAUAAAAGAGCCCUCCUUCCAGAAAUUCUGACACGGCGCGUGCACGCCAAGAGGUGCUUUAUCGGCAAGGGGGGUGGGUCCCAUAUAGGAAUUCUUAAACCUUAUAAGCAUGAUAUGUAA